GCUAGAGGUCGGUAGUAUCGAACUGAUGAAACGUCUCGCUGUCAAUAAAAAAAAAUAAAUAUUGGCAUGAGAUGAUUAGUUUGUCUACGAUGAUUAGUGCUAAUUAUCAUUCAAACAUUUCAGGAAUCGUAAUUUGAUGAACUAUCCUUGAAAUAGAUAAUUUCAUCUACGGUACUUACGUCAAUAAGUGGCCCCAUGAUUCAUGUCUUUCAAUUCUUGGGCCGGUUUCAUUUAAGAAAACGAGAAUGAGAAAAUAGUUUAUAAUCAAACGCGAAAAAUGUGAGUGAACGCAAAAAUGCGUGCAGCAUCUCCGAAGAAUUUUGUCAGUUUUGUGAAGGAUAAUCCUCCAGCAGCUUUGAUAUUGCUCUUCAUAAUAUGUAUGAUUAUAGCAACUCUUAGUUUGGCAAUCAAUGCCAAACACAACAAUUUACUUGAUACCGAUAUUCUCAUGGAUACAUAUGAGUUGAAAAAAUUCAUGAAUGAUUUGAGGGUUUGCAUCAAACCAGGUGAUAAUCAUCUCAAUUACGAAAAAGUGAUUAAAAGAGAAGCAAAUGACAAUGACCAAAUAAAUAUAUCAGCUCUAGUUCCUAUAAAUGAUUUGAACAAGUUGAGUCCCACUAUCACUAAUGUAUACGGCUUAAUAAAUUUGGAAGGUUUUCGAUGGAGUUGUUCCAAUAACACAGAAGCCAAAUAUUUAGAAGUAGGUUUUAAUUUAUCAGACAAGUUUGAUGAGAACAAAGUUUGCAUUCAGUUAUUUGGAAAACGGAAAAUCCUUGAAAAUUUUCUUGCUACUCCUUGUGAAUCAAACUAUAAAUAUCAGCCAACAGCUGCUAUUCUUCAAACAAAAGAACCCAAUGGUUUUGGAAGAUUUUGUAGAAACGGAACCAGGGUAAAUUUCGAUUUUGACCGAAAGGAAAAUACUCAAAAUUUUGCCUUGUAUUUAACAAAGGAGAAACACGUGAGAGUAACUAGGUCUCUUAUGUGGUGUUUAUAUGGGUUGAUAACAAUUUUUUUACUGCUGCUCAUGGUUGUGAUAGUGUACUAUGAUGACACAAGAAUAACAAAUGAUUUUUAUUUUUGAACCAUUGUAAUAUGGAAGGAUUAAAUUUUGGUAAAAACUA